UUCGCCGGAGCGGGGCGGAGCAGCGCGGCGGGGGGCAGGCGGCGGCCAUGGCGCUGCGCGGCGGCGGGCGCUGGGCGCGUUUGGCCUCGGCGCUGCGCGGCGGGGCGGCCCCGCGGCGGGGCGGCAGCUCGGGGCGGCGGGACGGAGGGGGCGUCGGCGACACGCCGCAGCACCGCGAGUUGCGGGCGGCCCUCAGGAAGCUCAUCGACAAGGAGAUUAAUCCCUUUGUGGACAAGUGGGAAGAAGAAGGACAGUUCCCAGCACAUAAAGUAUUUAAAACCCUGGGACAGGCUGGAUUCCUUGGUGUGGAUAAGCCAACAGAAUAUGGCGGCAUGGGCUUGGACUUCUCCUAUAACAUUGCAGUGGCAGAAGAGCUGGGAAAUAUCCGCUGUGGAGGUAUUCCUAUGGCUAUUGGGGUGCAAGCUGGCAUGACUACUCCUGCUCUUACAAGGUUUGGUUCUGAUGAGUUGAAAAAACAGUUCCUUGUACCAACUAUAGCUGGAGAUCUUGUGGCUUGCUUGGGAAUCAGUGAAGCUGGAGCUGGGUCAGAUGUCGCAAAUAUCAAGACGACAGCUGUGAAAAAAGGCGAUGAAUAUGUCAUAAAUGGUGGUAAGAUGUGGACUACGUCUGGGUGCCAAGCGGACUGGAUGUGCCUGCUGGCAAACACCAGUGAAGGACCUCCCCAUCGAAAUAAAUCUCUCAUAUGUCUGCCAAUGAAUCUACCUGGCAUUCAUGUCGCUAAAAAGAUAGACAAACUGGGCAUGAGGUCAUCGGACACAGCUCAGAUCUUCUUUGAAGACGUAAGGGUCCCCAGCAAAAACCUCAUCGGUGAGGAAGGAAAGGGUUUUACGUAUCAGAUGUUGCAAUUCCAAGAAGAGCGGCUGUGGGGAGUAGCCACUGUCCUGACACAGCUGGAAACUGUAAUACAAGAAACUAUUGACUACACUCGCCAGCGGAAAGUGUUUGACCAGUCCGUCCUGCACAACCAAGCCGUGCACUUCCACCUGGCCGAGCUGGCCACCGAGGUGGAGCUGCUUCGCUCGCUGCUGUACCGCACCGUUGCUCUGUAUGUGGAAGGCAACGAUGUGACAAAAUUUGCUUCCAUGGCUAAGCUAAAGGCAGGUCGUCUGGCCCGUGAAGUGACUGAUAGCUGUCUCCAGUUUUGGGGAGGAAUGGGAUUCACCAGCGAGGUUCUGGUGAGCAGGUUUUACAGAGACUUGAGAUUAAUGUCAAUAGGAGGUGGGACCGAUGAAACCAUGCUUUCCAUCAUAUGCAAAUACAUGGAAACACUUCCAACCAAGUGACGCAUCUCCACUCUUCCUUGAAAAUUAUCAAGCAAGAGCAUGGCUUGUUUUGCACACUGAAGGUGACAGCCAGUACACGUUUCAAGGGUAAAAUAAGCAGGAAACAUAACAGUAAUUUUGCCAGUGAACUGCUUAUCAGGGUCUCUGCCCAUUAUCAUUCUACAUUCUGCCACUUUCUGUUGAUACAAAGCAGUCUGAAAGCAUGUGGCCUCCUGCAAAUUUUUUUCGGUGGGUUACUUUUUGGGGGAAAGGUCUAGUGAUCCACACUAAGCACCCAGAAAUAAAUGUCGUCUUUAAUCAAGGUAUAUCUACAUUUUAGAGCAUCUAAGCCACCAAUUAAGAAACACAACUUCCAUAUUAACACAGCUAUGAUUUUACUAGUAGCCUCAUCUAAUUUCAGUGUAACUUUGCUCUCAAGAUCAGUCAUUAUGGCACAAAUUAUUCCCUGCCUUAUUCAAAUACUGGAACAGUGAUUUGGCUCUCAAUUACAGUACCUCCCCUAUCUUUGAAUUUUACCAAGUAAUCAUUAAAAUGAGCGUUGUCAUCUUUGCCAAGUUCUCAUGGACUUGUACUACACCUUGUCAUGGAUGUUUGGUGGUGGGAAUGGGGGUUGAUUUUUAUUUGUAGAAUUCUACACACAACUGUUUAAUUGUAUCUGAAGCUUUUGGAGGCCUGAAGUUCAGCAGUAAGGUAUCACGGUUUAUGUGUAAUUAUUAAAGAAAAAUAUUAAAAAAACCCA